AGCUAAAGAAUAUCCAGAGAAAUGGACGAUUUGGCUAAACUGAAAAAGAAGAUCACUACUUCGUUCAAAUUAAGUGGAUUUUUGAUACGUUCCGAAAAUAGCAUCUUCCUGGCCGAACAAUUGGCUCCCUUCGAUGAGAAUGAACGCGAAAAAUGGCUUACAAUCAUUACCGAGAAUCUGCAGAAUCAACGUUUGAAAUCGACCCAUGUGGAAAGAGCCGCUUUGGAAAAGGCCAUCAAUGAGAUCAAUCGAGUUGGUUUGGAUGAGGGAGAGAGUGUUUUCUCGGUCAUAGAUGCCUUCUCUGUGCCUCGGUAUGUUUAUAACAAGCAAAACAAAAAAUUUGAAUUGGAUACAGAACAUCGCUCGAUAUUGGCAAAGACUACUAUGAAAUCGUCACAAAUGAAGCAGCGUUAUGAGAUGCUGUUGCAGAAGACUCUUAGACAUGAAUUGUUUGCCCCAGCGGUAAUUGAAAAUGGUGUCUCAGCCGAGAGCAGAGUCAAAAAGUUCAAAUUACUUUAUUGCGAGAAUCUAUUGGCCAAUUCAGCCGUGGAGGAGGCGGUCGUUCUGGGCCUGCUAACCCAACUGAAGGAGGGCAAGUUCUUCAUAGAGGAUCCCACGGGAAGUGUAGAGUUGGAUUUAAGUGGCGCCAAAUUUCAUGCUGGUUUCUUUUGUGAGGGUUGUUUCGUUUUGGCUGAAGGGUCCUAUGCUGGGGGAGUCUUGAAGGUUGAUGGCCUAGGCUUUCCACCUGCUGAACCUGCCACUAGCAGUCGUGCCUUCUUUGGCACCCAAAACAGCUGGGGCGGCGAAUCAUCAAAACUACUUAAAUAUUCAGCUAGACUACAGGAACUGGAAAGAUCUAAUACUGAAGCUACCAUAGUAUUUUUAUCUGAUGUUCGUUUAGAUAUACCUGUGGUAAUGGAAAAACUUAGAAUGCUUUUUGUAGGCUACGAUUCUUGUCCGCCUGUAGCUAUAGUCCUGAUGGGUCCCUUCGCAGCGUCUGAGAGACAACAUCAUGCCCUUAAGCAACAUCUUAACGCAUUGGGAGCUCUGGCCAAUGGCUGCGAACAAUUGAAAAAACAAACUGAACUAAUACUUAUACCCUCAAGUGAAGAUCCUUCGGGUCCAAAUAUUUUUCCACGUUCCCCUAUACCGAAGACCCUGGCAGCCGGUCUGCUUAAAGUUUGGCCUCGCACCCGUCUGGCAACGAAUCCUUGUCGUUUACAAUAUUGUACUCAACAAAUAGUAGUAUGCCGUCUCGAUUUAAUGGCCAAAUUUUGUCGCAAUACCCUGCAUUUCCCUCCAGAUACCUCAAAGAUUGAACAGCACUUUGCACGCACCCUAAUAUGUCAAGGACAUCUGACACCUAUACAUCCCAUCGCUAUGCCUGUUCACUGGGACUAUGAUGCGGCCUUGUGGUUGUAUCCCUUGCCCGAUUUAAUUGUUAUAGGAGACUCUUGCCAGAGUUUUCAAACUUCACAGCACGGUUGUACGGUAUUGAAUACAGGAUCAUUUGUCAAAUCGAAAUUUUCUUUCAAAGUCUACAUACCGCACAAUAAAACUAUCGAAGACUCGGAAAUACCGGACAAUAUGGAUGAAUAGUUUAUAAGAAUAAUAUAUGCAUAUGGUUUAAUUUUUGUUUUAAGUUAUUAGAAGUUUUUCUUUUAAUAAAGGUUUUUUUUUGGUUUUUAAUAA